AUGUCGAAUUUGUCAAAGCUUGAGUUUGUGGCACUUGAUAUCUCCGGAAAGAAUUACCUAUCAUGGGUACUCGAUGCUGAAAUGCACCUAGACGCCAAAGGUCUUGGUGCCACGAUUACUCAAAAUAAUACAGCAUCGAGUCAAGACAAAGCGAAGGCAAUGAUUUUCCUUCGUCAUCAUCUGGAUGAAGGAUUAAAAGUUGAAUACCUGACAGUGAAAGAUCCACUUGAAUUGUGGACUGGUUUGAAGGAAAGGUAUGACCACAUUAAGGUAACGGUAUUGCCCAGGGCUCGUUAUGAGUGGAUUCACUUACGGUUACAAGAUUUUAAAACUGUAUGUGAUUAUAACUCUGCUGUCUAUAUAAUUACGUCCCAAUUGAAAUUAUGUGGGGAUAAUAUAACUGACGAGGAUAUGUUGGAAAACACUCUUACGACUUUUCAUGCCUCCAAUUUGGUAUUACAACAACAGUACUGUGAAAGGGGUUUUAAAAAGCAUGCUGAUUUGAUAUCAUGUCUUCUUGUAGCUGAGCAACACAAUACCCUUUUAUUGAAAAAUCAUGAAGCCCGUCCCACUGGAACUGCUCCAUUCCCGGAAGCGAAUGUGGUAGCAACACAUGGCCCAACUGAAAGAAGACAAAAUAAUCGGGGCCAUAAUAAUGAGCGUGGGCGUGGCAGGGGCAGGGGACGAUAUAAUAAUCGUCGUGAUGGUGGUCACCAUAAAAGGGAGAACAAUAUGGGUUAUCAAGGGCCUUCACGAAAAUAUGAUGAUAAUGUUGAAGCUAAUUUGGCUUUGAAAGAUGAUGAUUUUGAUGGGCUUGAUGAUAUUACUCAUUUGGAAGUUGAAGACUUCUUUGGAGAUUGA